AUGAUCAAAUACUCACUUUUAUUAGUUUUACUAUUCGUUGCUGAAUGUGUAUUUUCAUUUUCAUGCUGUGUCCCAAAACAAUGGUCAGGUUCCUCAAAUAGUUAUGACUCUGAGGGUAACCAAAUCCAAAAAAAUUACUUUUAUGAUUCAACUAAAUUAUUGGUUAGAAUCGAUACCAUUUAUUUAAAUGGUAGUUUCAAUCAAACCACCUAUAGUAGUUAUGCUAAUUUAACAACCACCGGUUCUGAAUGGGUUAUGAAUAACCUUGACAACACUUGCUAUCAAACUGGUCCAGAUUAUUGGAACGGUCAAUGCUUUGGUGAUAUCUAUGGUCUCCCAUUCCAAUACUCAUCUCCAGGUAAAAAUGUUUUCUCUAACCCAACCAACGGUAUCACUGUUGUCACUGACAGUUACUGCAGACCAACUCAAAUCACUAACAAAUUAGCCAAUAUCCAAUAUAAUUUCUUCAACCUUAAAUCAGGUGUCUAUCAAUCAGCCUUUGUUAUGCCAUCAGUUUGUAAAUAA